CUGUCGAUUGGAGCGCGGGGUGGAUAGCUGCAGCGAAGAGCAAAGGGCCCAUGGGGUCCCCUUGUCGGACGCCCCGUGCACUCCGGAGUGGAGGGCUGGCAAACCCGUUGUCGAGGUAGAGAAGCGAUGGGGUGCCGUACGAAAAACGGAUAAACGGUAACAGCGGACGCAGGGGCGAGGCGUCGAUGGCGGUGAUUAUCGCCCCUCGCUCAACGCUGUUAAAAGCGUUUGCGAGGUCCACUUGGACAAUGACGGAGCCGGGAUGUACGGAGGUGAAAGCCCGAGUGGCGUGGAUGACUACUUCUCCGCCGCUCCGAAUUGCGACGCCGAACUGAAGGGGCAGAAAGUAUUCUUGUGCGGGCUGAGUUGUCGAGAUGAGGGCGGAUUUGGCAGUAAGACGAUGGAGACAUUCACCUAUGGCGAUGGGGCGUGUUCCGCCAUCAGGUUUGCGAAGGGCUAGCAGGCGUGAUGCCGUUAACAGCGUGCUGACCUCCUGGGGCAGGUUACCAGCAAGGAGCAGCUGCACAAUUUCGUGCAGGAGCUUGGCGACGUGCGGAUUAGUGAGCGAGGCGUCUCUCAGGUGUUCGAAAGUCAUUCCCGAAGGGCCGGCCCCCACCCCGUUUUCGCUUCGCGAAAGUAGGCGAGUGAAAUCAGCGAAGUCCAGCGUCGGCCGGGUGACGUCGUCCAGUGAGGGCCACGCAAGGGCCUCUGUCAACGGUCGCGGGUGUUUGGACUUCAGCGAGUCAAGAACCUCCGGGGUUGACUCGCUGACUGGGGUUGACUGGAGUGCCUGUAGGGCGCGGCGAAGGCUGCCUCGUCGCACCAGCCCCUCGGCUCGGGAGAUUUUCCCGAGGUCGUCACGAACAUGGCGAGGGGGCGCAGGCAGUGUGACAGCCGCUACUGCUGACUGGUAGAGGGCAUCCCACUGGCCUGCGAGGAACUGCCGCAGACGAAAUUCCAUCGCUGGCCAAUCCGGGCGUUUGGGCGAUGACAUGCGAAGAGUUAGGCGGGGGAGAAAAAGUAACAACCGCCAGCCCCCGAUUGAAGUUGGAUUUUUCGUGAGGAAAAGGAGGGGCGUCAGCAGAGCCAGCGCGAACAGCUGGCGAAUAGGGGGGGGUAAUCGCCUUGAAAGAGGGGGUUGGCGGCUGUCGCACAGCACCGCGAUGUCCCAGCUGGCCAGUUGGGCAAAUCGUGAGGCAUCGCGGGCCAGUUCCUCCGGGGAUAGUUGCCUGGCUGCCUGGGAGGGACUGUCCAGCGGGCGGGCAGCUGGUGAUCCCAUAUGUCCGUGGCCCCUGGAUCUGGGUGAGGGGUUUCGAAUCUCUCUCCCCACCCGCCUCGGUGCCCUUUCCCCUAGUGCGCUACUAGAUUCGUCGGUGGUAGAUUCACGUGCGGUUCGUGGAUAUAAGUAACGUCUCUUCUUUCUUCCUCAUCAGUUGCCUCCCGUAGUCCCAUCUCCCUUAAAGCCCGAUUCGCUGCGCGCUGGAAGCCGUUCAGCGGGCCGCCGUCACGUGCCAAGUCGCCUGCCCAUACGCGCUCGCUCCCGCGCCCGCCGCGACCUCGGCCCCUGGUUCCGCCCUCCCUGCCUCCGCCGCGUCCCCUCCGCGUGGCGCUGCCCCGUGGUGUGGAGCGUGGGGUAGGCGGACGAUCACCCCGCUGCCUCGCGGUGCCCGCUCUGUGGCUCAUCGGCGAGUCGGAUGGCCGACCGGGCUGAUCGUGCUCGAAGAGAGCGCUCCGUCGGUCGCGAGAGUUCGGGGGAAAACGUCCUCCCCCGAGGUCGGUCGAGCUCCCCUCCCAUGUCGGACCGAAGGUGGGCGCGCGGGCUCCUAGUGCCGUCCACGAGCGCGCCGGCGUCCCCCAGUCGGCAGCGUGCACCAAACGGCCCCUCGGGGCGUGCUGGCACGCGUCGGGGGCGGAGGGGGAGCGCACUGGAGAGGCGGCUGGCGCGGACUGCCGCAACGCUGGAGGGGAUACUCGAGCGGGCCGGCGCUGGGCUGCUCCCAUCGCCGCUGCAGCGGGAGCCCCCCCAUCAGGCCCCCCAUCACACGCAGCCUCCAUUUCCUCCUCGAGUCCUUCCACCCAUUUGCCGCCUGCAGACCCGUAUAUUCUCCUGCACCCCGCCGCGCACCCGCCGCCCUCGCACGCUCCGGUCCUGUCCCCCCCCUGGGUACUACGACCUGCACCAUCGGUCCCAGCCAGCGCCCCAGAUAGGCGGCCCCGCGUCAUCCGUCGAUACUCUCCCUGAGUGGCAUCCCCCCUCGUCCUGGGCUGGGGCGGCGGAGUGGGCUGGUCCCCAGGGGCCGCCGGCAGCAGCUCCUGCGGAGAUACCGGUCCCAGCCGCCACACUUCGUCGCCUUGGGCACGCUCGGAGGGGGACCGAGAUACUGAUGACGAUUCUGGCGGCGGCGAGCUCCGCGCUGGGGAGCUCAGGGGGCCGGUCAAUGGCCCCGUACUUCCCCCUUCAGGGCUGCAUGGAAGCAGCCAUAGAUCUCGCUGUGGAGGCCGCACGCGCGCGGCCCGGGCCCGCCCGGGGAACAGGCACGGACCCUCACCUUCUCGCCGCUCUCCGCCAGGUGUCGGCGAGCUUAGACUCGGCGUCAGCUGCAGGGCUUGUAGCUGGCGCCGUGUCCACGCUGCAGGUCCUGUUGUCAUACCAGGCCGCGUUGCUGGAGGAGGCCGGGCUGGCGGCCGUCGCGGAAUAGCGGAGCGGCGGGAGUAGGUGCGGCCGGGCGGUGAGUCCUGCAGUCUGAGCGCCCCCGCACGGCGCAUCAGGUGCUCCAUGUGGGCUUGUGUGUGCUACGGUGGGGCCCGGCCGCGCUGCGAGCGUCGGCGGCCGAAGGCCGCCGACGCGAGCCGCCACCAAGGGUAGGAGAAAGAAGAACUGAAA